UGCAACUGAGCAAGUGUCAUGAAAUUACUUAAAGCAUCGUGGAAGUGUGGGGCAAAAUGUAGUCGAGUAGAAAUACAUAAAGCACUUUCCAUACAGCGCUUGAAAUAUUGUACAACAUAUCUAUGUGCGAUACAUAUAUGCAGUUUGUCAAAUCGGCUAUCGGGAUCUUCCUACUACGGGUAGUAGAUGCAGAAUUGCAGACGUUUGCACUCCGCUGGCGUAACUGUUCAUUAGCCCAUUGCUAUACCGGAAGUUCGGAACCACCUUAUGGCUUAUGCCUAACAAAUACGUAAAGGCUAUAAUAAUUCCAGGUCGGCAUCCUUGACUUCCUAAAUCCGCAUUCCACUCUCUAUCAUCAAGACCGUUCUGACCAUGAUACUUCACGCGGCCACCUGCUUCCCAUUAUUGCUGAUACUGUUCUUCUCUGGCCUCGCGGUCGCACGUCGUUCCCACCGCAAUUCUCAUUUCGCGUCCUCCUGGGAAGAAGUGCAGCAGACCCGUCAAGAAGCGGCAAACCGACUCGGCUAUGUCGAGAGCAACGCGCUGUGGCCACUUCCACAACAGUUCACGUCCACGGGCAAACUGUUGUUGAUUCCGGAAGAUUUCGUCUUCUUCGUGAAAGGAAGUAGCUGUGACAUGCUGGAAGCCGCCUUGCAGAGAUAUUACAAGGCAAUUUUCGGCAACGCAGUGCAGCACAAAGACCCGAAGACGGAACGCAACGUCAAGCGAAAGAAGGACAUGCCUGUCUUGUCGAAAUUGUACGUCAUGACCAACACUCCGUGCUCGGACGGCGACAUGCCGGAUGUGGGAAUGGAUGAGCAUUAUGAGAUCGAUGUGCGCGACACGACUUUCCCAUCCAUAUUGGUCGGAAAUACCAUCUGGGGUGUCAUUCGCGGACUGGAGACGUUUAGUCAGCUGGUAUGGAAGUUGGGUGAUGGGCGUCUGGUUGUCAACCAGAGCCAGAUCGUAGACUGGCCGCGCUUCGGACACCGCGGGCUGCUUCUGGACACGUCGCGGCAUUUCAUCUCGAAAGAAACGAUUCUGGCCAAUUUGGACGCGAUGGCUAUGAACAAAUACAACGUCUUUCACUGGCACAUUGUGGAUGACCAAAGCUUUCCCUACCAAAGCCGCACUUUUCCCGGUUUAUCGACGCUAGGCGCAUGAGAGCCACAUCACCAUGUUUAUACGCAACAAGAUGUUGCCGAGGUCAUUGAAUUCGCCAGAGUUCGUGGCAUUCGCGUUAUCGCAGAGUUUGACACACCUGGACAUUCACUAAGUUGGGGAUUCGCUUUACGAAAGCUGCUGACUCCAUGUUUUAUGAAUGGAACGGCCGACGGAACUUUUGGUCCAGUUAAUCCGAUUCUGAAUUCAACAUACGACACCUUGACCGAGUUUUUCACGGAAGUCUUUCAAGUUUUUCCUGAUACGUACGUGCACCUAGGUGGUGAUGAAGUGGACUUCAGCUGCUGGAAGAGCAACCCAGAUGUUAACGCUUUUAUGAAGAAAAUGGGUUUCGGCAAUGAUUACCGCAAACUGGAGGAUUUCUAUGUGCAGACACUCAUCGACGUAUUACAGAACAUUACUACAUACUCCAGCAACUACAAAAAGGCUAACAAGAAGCAUGAAUUUGUGGUGUGGCAGGAAGUGUUUGAUGAUAAAGUAAAGAUUGACAAGGAAACUAUCGUGCACGUUUGGAAAGAUCCUCCAAAGUGGCAGGACGAAAUGAGCAAUGUGACAAAAGCAGGAUAUCGCACUAUACUUUCCUCCUGCUGGUAUUUGAAUUACAUUUCAUACGGUGCAGAUUGGCAGCAGUACUAUAAAUGUGAUCCUCAAAUGUUCAAUGGAACGGAUGCCCAGAAACAGUUGGUUGUUGGCGGCGAAACCUGCAUGUGGGGUGAAUACAUCGACACAACGAAUGUGUUGGUGAAAAUGUGGCCAAGAGCGUCGGCAGUAGCGGAACGACUGUGGUCGGAUAUGUCCGUCAACAGUACGGCUUCGGCAGAACCUAGGCUGCGGGGACAACGUUGCCGUAUGGUGCGGCGUGGUAUCCCUGCUGAGCCAAACCUUGGUCCGGAUUUCUGUCUUCCCGAGUACCAUGACUAACAAUUAGAAUCGGUCGGUCGCGAUUUCGUGAGAGUUUUGCCGCAAUACCUCCUGUACGAUCGACUUGUAAUUUGUGUCAUGCUUAAAUUCAACAAGCCAAUCGUCAAUUUUCUCGCAUUACAUGUACAGUACAAUAUUAUAUAUGAUUCAGUACAUGUUAUGGCGGUGAUGUUUGAUUUCGAGGGUAGGUACAAAGUGGUCCAAAUCUAAUUUUAAAACUAUUAAAACUAAUAAAACCAAACGUUUUAAUUAAUAAAUACAUCGGAUCGACAGUGAUUUCUCAAAAAGCGGUUUUAAGGUUUUAGCAGUUUUAUUACUAAAUUACAGUUUUAUCAGUGAUUUUUAAGAAAGAGGUUUUAAGGUUUUAGUGGUUUUAUUACUAUUAUACAGUUUUAGCAUUGAUUUUUCAAAAAGCGGUUUUAAGGUUUUAGCAGUUUUUACUAAAAUUUAGUUGUGAUAGUGAUUUUUCGGAAAGCGGUUUUAAGGUUUUAGCAGUUUUAUUACUAAAUUACAGUUUUAUCAGUGAUUUCUCAGAAAGCGGUUUUAAGGUUUUAGUGGUUUUAUUACUAUUAUACUGUUUUAGCAGUGAUUUUUCAAAAAGCGGUUUUAAGGUUUUAGCAGUUUUUACUAAAAUUUAGUUUUGAUAGUGAUUUUUCGGAAAGCGGUUUUAAGGUUUUAACAGUUUUAUUACUAAAUUACAGUUUUAUCAGUGAUUUUUAAGAAAGAGGUUUUAAGGUUUUAGUGGUUUUAUUACUAUUAUACAGUUUUAGCAGUGAUUUUUCAAAAAGCGGUUUUAAGGUUUUAGCAGUUUUUACUAAUAUGUAGUUUUGAUAGUGAUUUUUCGGAAAGCGGUUUUAAGGUUUUAGUGGUUUUAUUACUAUUAUACAGUUUUAGCAGUCAUUUUUCAAAUAGCGGUUUUAAGGUUUUAGUGGUUUUAUUAAUAUUAUACAGUUUCAGCUGUGAUUUUUCGGAAAGCGGUUUUAAGGUUUUAGCAGUUUUAUUACUAAAUUGC